UGCACAUUUUAUAAAUGUAACGUUUCUUAAUGGUGUGGACAGAUUUUCUAUUACAUGGGGGAGGGUGGGGGAGAACCUAAUCACAGUGCUACCCUGACAGGAGAGGAUAUCUAGCAGGUUUCUUUGGAAAUAUCAUCAGGCUAUUUGUUGAACAGCAUUGUGUCAAUGCUCGAUGCUCUGAUUGGGUCUUUAUUUAUGACUUAGACGGGAUUAAAUUGUUUUUCUGUUGAAGGAAAGAUACCGAGCCAUCGUAUUAGCUGUGAUAAAACAAACCGUGGGGGGAAAGCAGCAUACAGUGUCUUUAGGUCUUCCCCCUCUGUAAAGAAAGCUACUCAUGUCCUGUCCCACUGAGGAUCAGAGAAGGGGGGAGUCAGAGAAGUGAGGGACUGGGAGUGCUGUGUGAAAAGAGUGCAGGCCAACGAGCGAGACAAAAGGGGCUGCGGCUGCAUUGAAUGUGCUGGUGGCGUGUCCGUCUCCGAAGCCACAAGCAAACCACGUUUCACCUCCUCUGGCCUUUAUGCUACAGAAAGAGAAAGCAUAUCAGAGAGGGAAGCCAACUGCAAUAUUGUAAUUGGUGGAAGCGCGAAGUUGAGGACUUGGAAGAGAGCUCCUCUGGACCGGGUGUUUCUCCUCUCCUGUGCCCGUCCUUUCUACGCGUCGAGCGCGGUGCGGUGUAGUGUGGGGUUGGAAAUAUAACCCAGAACAAAGGAGACUUGAGGCAAGGAAUGAGCGAGCACAGACUAGCUUUGCCACUAUCUUUGAAACCAGGCCAAAUGCCUCUCUGAGACGAACAAUAGUACAUCAGCUGCUUGUAUUUCUCGACGAAGCUUUCCGCCCCAAAAGGGAGAAAGAAGAAGGACCAAAAAACGCACACGGAGACACACACGCGUCGGCGGCUACAAUGUUUCCUCAGAACCGAGCACCGGCACCUCUGCAGCCACCCCCGGGGUCCUCGGCCUCAGUGGUGGCGGGGGGAGCGGCAGCGUCAGGGACACCCCAGUCACUGAAACUAACCUACCCAGAAACUCUGGACCGCAUCAAGGAAGAGUUUCAGUUUCUCCAGACCCAGUACCACAGUUUAAAACUGGAGUGUGAGAAACUGGCCACAGAGAAGACAGAGAUCCAGAGACACUAUGUUAUGUAUUAUGAGAUGUCCUAUGGCCUUAACAUUGAAAUGCACAAACAGACGGAGAUUGCCAAGCGGUUGAAUGUGAUCUGUGCACAGCUCAUCCCAUUCCUGUCACAGGAGCACCAACAACAGGUGGUCCAGGCCAUGGAGCGCGCCAAACAGGUGACCAUGGGGGAGCUAAAUGCUUCGAUAGGGGUACGUGGGCUCCCCCCUCUGCCUCAUAGCCAGCAGCUUCAGGCUCAGCACCUCUCCCAGCAUGCCCAGGGUUUGCCAGUGGGACCACAUCCAUCAGGACUGCCCCACCCCAGCCUGGCGCUCGGCGGAGGGUCCGGCCUGCUGGCCCUGUCCGGAGCUCUGGGGGCCCAGCUGGCUGCCAAGGAUGAGAGAGCUCACCUCGACCACCCCAGCCUGGCGCUCGGCGGAGGGUCCGGCCUGCUGGCCCUGUCCGGAGCUCUGGGGGCCCAGCUGGCUGCCAAGGAUGAGAGAGCUCCCCUCGAGGCGGCAGCAGCUGCUGCAGCUGCUGAGCACCACAGGGACCGUGAAGCUGGACCUAGUUGUCUGUCCAAUGGGGACAAGGGUCGCCCAGCAGACUACCUCAGCAAUGGCAAGAAGAGGAAAGCUGAUGAGAAGGAGUUCAUGACAGACUAUGGCAGCGAUGCAGAUAAGAGUGAUGAUAAUUUGGUGGUGGAUGAGGACCCGUCAUCCCCCCGCAGCGUGCAGUCGUACUCAUCCAGGGAGAACGGUUUGGACAAGAUGCCUCCCUCUCGUAAGGAGGGUCCGCCACAGGCCAGCCCCACCUCCCUGGCCUCGUCCAGCAGUGCUGCCUCCCCCUCCCGUGGCAAAGAGCCCCCACAGAGGGAGAAGUCCAGUACUCCAGGUAUGAAGCCGGGCACCCCCAUGUCUCAGGAGUCCAACACUCCUGGACCCAGCGGACCCCCGCAGUUCAGACCUGUCCCGGGCAAGCCUGGUGUUGACCCCCUUGCUCUAGGUCUCAGGAACCCCCUUGCGGUACAGGGAGCGUACCCUCCAGGGGCAUUUGGCCUUCCCCCUCCAGGGGUGAACGGGGACCUGCCUGGGGCAGCGGGCUAUGGCGCCGGCCUCCACCUGGUCUCCCCACAGAUGAACGGAGCCGCAGUGGCAGGUGCCGCAGGCUACGGACGGUCCCCCGUGGUGGGCUAUGAGUCUCCACACCCACACAUGAGGGUCCCCGGGCUGCCUGCCAGCCUGCAGUCAGCUGCCUCCGGAAAACCCAAGAGCCCCAUGGCCCAUCUGGACGGUCUGAACAGGGAUAACUACAUCCGCUCCUGCAAGCUGCUCUCCGAUGGACGAACACUGAUCGUUGGCGGGGAAGCCAGCACCCUGUCAAUCUGGGAUUUGGCCACACCUACUCCUCGUAUCAAGGCAGAGCUGACGUCAUCUGCUCCCGCCUGCUACGCUCUGGCUAUCUCCCCCGACAACAAGGUCUGCUUCUCCUGCUGCAGCGACGGCAACAUCGUCGUCUGGGACCUUCACAAUCAGACUCUGGUCAGGCAGUUUCAGGGUCACACAGACGGAGCGAGCUGCAUCGACAUCUCCAACGACGGCACCAAGCUGUGGACGGGAGGGCUGGACAACACCGUCCGCUGCUGGGACCUUCGAGAGGGACGCCAGCUCCAGCAACACGACUUCUCCUCGCAGAUCUUCUCUCUGGGCUACUGUCCGACAGGCGAGUGGCUGGCUGUGGGAAUGGAGAGCAGUAACGUGGAAGUCCUGCACGUCUCCAAACCUGACAAGUACCAGCUGCACCUCCAUGAGAGCUGUGUUCUCUCACUGAAGUUCGCCUACUGCGGUAAGUGGUUCGUGAGCACAGGCAAAGAUAACCUCCUGAAUGCAUGGCGGACACCUUAUGGAUCCAGCAUAUUCCAGUCUAAGGAGUCUUCGUCGGUUCUCAGCUGUGAUAUCUCUCCUGACGACCAGUUCAUCGUCACCGGCUCCGGGGACAAGAAGGCCACCGUCUAUGAAGUCAUCUACUGAACUCUGAUUGGCUUGGGGUGGGGGGAGUAAAACUUAGAAUCGGGGGGAGGGGCCAAGGCUCCUUUUUGCACCAAUGACUGUACAGAGCAUCAGUGGCAUGGUAAACAAGAGACAUUCAACUGGUACUUUGUUGUUUUGUUUACUGUUGUGAAAAAAGAGAGAAAGAGAAGCGAGGGGGCACAAAGUCACAUCUCUGGAAAAAACCAACUGAACUUUUUAAUGCUCUGAGAAGGCUGGUUAGUCUAUAGCUGCACAGUUAUGGGAUUCCUCCAAAGAUCUUUUGUUUUUAUUCUCUUUCUUAAAAAAAUUACAAAAUAAAACCUCUGUAGUGAACAAGAAAUUAGCCAAAAAAGUUAUUUUUUUAGCCUUUGAAUUUUUCGCAAACAGUCAAACCGAAUCCAGUGGGAAAAAAAAGAGAAACAUGGGACUGAGGAAAUGCAAGAAUGGUUCAGGGAGGGCUGGAAAUUCCUGAUGGAAAAUACAGUCUGUGUUCUGCGCUGUGUAAAAAGUCCCAGUCCAGCCCAGUCCUCAGCACGUGGCUGCUCCUUUGGGUGCCAGAUGUGUGGCAGAUGGCAGGAUGGUGUGCUGUGAAGACCCAGCUAUGUUUUUUUUUUCUCUCUCUCCUCCUCAUUAAGUUUUAGCAGCAACAUGAUUGUAUCAUCUCCAGUACAUAUAUGACAGAACAGGGCUCGGUUUCCUCUGAAGUGUCCUGAGACUGUUUGCUUUUUUUAAUAUUAUUUUUCUUUUACAAAAGAACAAAGAACUUACUCUGGAGAUGUUUCAGGAAACCGGUCUGGAAGAGAAAACCACAACCCCGAGGACAGAGGAAAACACAACAGGUGCUCUUCGGUUUUGGGGGCGUGGCCACCACCUCAUCAUGUUUAUCCUUAACACUCGACAUUAGAUGUUUUUUUUCUUUUUUUCUAUUGUAUUUGUUAGGGCACAUGUAGGCAGAAGGGUUAUUUUCACAAAUGCAUUUUGAUCAUUGAACCUUGGUCUAUGUGAACAUGUAAAUAAAGUUCUCUAA